GAGCAUUGUGGGAUCCCCUCGGUCGGUGCCGCUCGGUGGCUACCGCUUGCGGCCUGCGGUGAUCAACGAGGCCCGGGGAGCGCGUCCCCAGCCUGCGCGCCGGUCCUGCGGCAGCUGGCCAAGACCCGGAGCCGAAAGGGAGUGUUGGAGCCUGAGGUCGCUCCGCGCCGCUAGGAGGACGCUGUGCCUGGCCUUGGAUCUCCGCUCCCGCCCACCGCCCUGGAGCCGCUGAGGGACGUCCACGUGGGCCUGUCCCCGCCGAACCGCGGCCCUGUCCGCCUGGCGCUGCUCUCGGGCCACUACCUCUACUACCACUACGGCUGCGACGGCCUGGACGACCGCGGCUGGGGCUGCGGCUACCGCACUCUGCAGACGCUGUGCUCGUGGCCGGAGGGCCAGCCCGCGGGCGUACCUGGAUUGGCCGCUGUGCAGGCGGCCCUGGAGGACAUGGGCGACAAGCCCCCCGGCUUCCGGGGCUCCCGGGACUGGAUCGGCUGCGUGGAGGCCAGCCUCUGCCUCGCUCACUUCGGAGGGCCCCAGGGACGCCUCUGCCACAUACCCCGGGGAGCGGGGCUGCACGGGGAGCUGGAGAGGCUUUACUCCCACUUCGCAGGGGGCGGAGGCCCAGUCAUGGUUGGGGGGGACGCAGAUGCCAGGUCCAAGGCCUUGCUGGGAGUCUGCGUCGGGUCAGGCACGGAAGCCUAUGUCCUGGUAUUGGAUCCUCACUACUGGGGCACUCCAAAAAGCCCCAGUGAACUACAGGCUGCUGGGUGGGUGGGCUGGCAAGAGGUGAGUGCAGCCUUUGACCCCAACUCCUUCUACAACCUGUGCUUGACCAGCCUUAGCUCCCAACAGCAGCAGCACACCUUGGACUGAGGGCGCAGUUACAGAACUGAGAUUCUCGGGUCCCAGACAUGCACCUAUGUACCUCCCACUGGUGUCCCUGCAGAGCCCGGCACUUUUGACAUAAUAAAAGUGGCAGGGCUGAGCAA